AUGGGGCAAAGAACGUAUGUAUCUAGACUUGCGCACACAGAAAUAAUGUACUACAAGUCUACUACAACCACUCAAAUUUGAAUAUUACAGCCCAUUUGCAGAUAGAGUAAUCAUGGCAGCUGUAGGAGGCAUUAGCGAGGUUGGAGGAUCCCAGAAUAGCGUUGAGAUAGAUGAUCUUGCACGUUUUGCUAUCCAAGAUUAUAACAAAAAACAGAAUGCUCUUUUGGAGUUUGGAAAGGUUGUGAAUGUGAAACAACAGGUAGUUGCUGGAACCAUAUACUAUAUAACACUCGAGGCAAUUGAGGGCGGAAAGAAGAAAGUAUAUGAAGCCAAGAUAUGGGUUAAGCCAUGGGAAAACUUCAAGGAAGUUCAAGAAUUCAAGCUUGUUGGCGAUGCCCCAAGUGCUUAACUAAUUCUUGGUAUGAAGUAAUCUUAUGUUGGUGAAAAAUAACGCCAUUUUUAUCUGGAAGUAUUUGGAUGUCGUAUUGUAAGCAUAUAUCACUAAUUUAAUGUUUUAAAUACUGGAAAUGGUACUUAGUUCUUGAUGUUCUGUAUUUAUGUGAUAGUGAGUUGUAUAGGAUGUUUCUUACGUAAUAAGCUAAUUAUUAGUAUUCUCCUUUUAUAUGGCUGACAA